GGUUCUGUUGUUUUCUUCUGGGGUGUUGUGUGGCUUUGCUCUGUUGUAAGUUGAGGUCACCUUCUGUAUCAGGGUUUUGCAAUGUUAUAUGUUGAGGCCACUUUCUGUACCAUGUUGUAUGGAACAUGUCUAGUCUUCUUUUCGUUUCAUCACAUCCUUACAAGUCUGUUUGAUCGAGGCUUAAAGACAUCAUCCUUUGUCUUAAAAGGCAAUUUCUCGGUGUAAAGAUUUCUAUUAGGUCUUUGACUCUUUGGUGCUGUCAGGAAACGUUGCAGCAUUUUUCAAACUGCUAGAAAGAGUUAAAAAGGUCAUGACAAUAUUGAGCCAAUUUCCAGAGUAAAAAAGGUCAUGACAAUAUUGAGUUUGGCUUGGAGGUAAGUAAUUAUUUCUGCCGAAAAACUUAACUUUCGCAAAUUACAUAUUUACACACGGAUUCUAAAAAAUUAAUUAAUUUUUUCUUGAAAAUGUUUUGCGGAAUAAAUAAAACAAUAAAUUAUUUUUUCUCAAAACAAUAAAAAAAAAUUCCUUAGAAUUCAUUUUUUAUUGGAAGAAAUCGAAAAAAAAAAUUCACAAUUUGUUUUUUAAAAAAUAAUUGAAAGAUAAAUUUAAAAAAGGGGGUCUACAUGCUCACAAAAUUUUAGAAUUUUUUUAAUUUUAAAGGUUUUUUAUGUUAUUUUGGAUCUUUUAAACUAUGAUAUUUUUUUUAUCUUUCUAACAUAUGAGUUGAUGACAAUAAUUAUAGGACUGUGAAACUGACCUUUAUACUUGUAGCUUUAGAACAACACUUCAAUGUUUUAUCCUCUAUACUUGUAGCUUUAGAACAACACUUCAAUGUUUUAUCCUCGUUGAAUUCAUUAACAUUGUUGGAUUAAAAGGGUGAGUUCUGAAAACAGCGAUCAACCCAAUUAGAUUACCAACUCUUAGAUAUUACAUCCUGUUUCUAACAUAUUUUUAUGUCACCAAAUCCAUAAAACUAAAUAUAUUUAUAUAUAAAAACUUGCCAUUUUAUCCUCUUUUGCUCUUUUUAAAAUAUAGUAAAACAGAAAGAGUUGGCUAUCAUACAUUCGAAUGUUUGGGGGUUGUAUAACUAAUAGUAGCCAACCAAUCUAACCACAUAAAAUGCUUUAGUCAAAGUGAAACACAAGAAGUUGAACUAACUAAAUAUUGCAAAAGCACUUGAUUCUCCAAACUACCCUCCUUCACAUCUCUCUUACUCUAUAUAAGACCAUUCACUAUCCCUUUGCUUCUCAUAAAAUCCAAAGCAAAUUUUCUCUAUACAAACAGCCUCCUUAGCUCCUACAAUUCAUCAAACUAUCAAUGGCCUCAAGCAAAUCCUUCAUCACAUCAUUACUUUUUCUUGUGACCAUCUCAAGCAUGAGCAUAAGCCUAGAAGGUCGCCAUCUUUUGCAAACAACUACACAACCAAAUUUUCCAAACAUUCCCACUUUGCCAAAUGCCAAAACAACAUUGCCACCUUUGCCUUCAAUUCCAACAUUGCCUCAAGGAAAUCUUCCUCCAUUGCCUACCAUUCCAUCUCUGCCUAAAGUCACUUUGCCGCCACUUCCAAGCUUUCCUACCAAUAUUCCAACACUUCCAUCUCUCAACAUUCCACCAUCGGCAGCAACUUCCCUUCCCAACAUUCCUUCAAUCCCAACCACUUUCCCAUCCAUCCCAUUUUUCUCUCCACCACCUUCAACCUCUAGCCCUUAAUUAAACACUUCUUCACUUGUUAUAUUUGCCAAUUUGAAUUAUGUGAUUUGGCUAAAUGGAUGCAAUAGACAUUGCAUACUUUCUUUAUUGUGUGUGAUGAAAUAGUACGAGGUUAUGAUGAUAGUAUUAUCUUUUGUUGUAUUGUAUGGUGUGAAAAGCCUUUGUAAUUUGUCUUCUUCUACUUACCACUUUGGUGCUAUUGCUUGUACUUUUGAGUUUAUAUUUGUUGAAUUUCACAUUUUGAUACAAUAUAAUUUGAUGUCUUCUUUCUUGUUUUUGUUGAA